AUGCUGCGUCAUGUGCGUUGGGGAGGCAUUUGCUUCCGCGCAUAUCCCUCCGUUGCCUGGAGGGGGAUGAACGCCCGCUACGCCACCACGAUAUCAAACCCCUUGACUGCUGCAGCAGCAAUGCCAUCGUCGCCGGCGCGAAGCGAUGAGGUGCCGAUAAAGGCGGUGGCGGGCGAGAUACCAAGCCUGAGCUUCCUCUCUUCCAAGACCGUGCUGGCGGAGACAGUGGAUCAAACCAUUGCGGUGUGCGACGCGCUGCUGAAUGAAAUUCCCAAAGUAAAGAGUGCGAAAGAGAAGCAUGAUCUUAUUGACUCGACGAGCAAUGUUCUCUGUCUGCUGCUGGACCCGUGUGAAUUUGUGCGGCAAAUUCAUCCAGAUGAAGAGUACAAGAAGUAUGCGUCAUACGCCUUUCAAAAGGGGUAUGAAUAUAUGAGUAAAGUGAAUUCCCGCCGAGACCUGUACAAUGUUAUUGUUGAAUUAGACAGUCCUGAGGGACGAAUGCAGCUUGAUGAUGAGGAAAUCAAGAACGUUGUGCAACUAAAACGUGACAUGGAAAGCAAUGGUAUUCACCUGCCAGAUUCACUUAGGGAAAAGGUGACGGAGAUGAACAUUGAGAAGGAGGAGUUAGCGAUGCGCUUCUUGACAGAGCAAGGGUCGAAGAAUCCUUUUGCGACGCUCCGUUACCUUCUGCAUUGUCGCUAUCAGCUUGCGCAACUUCUUGGUUUUGAGAGCUACGCAGAGCAGCAGCUUCGGGGAACAAUGCUGGGAAACCAACAGCGUGUUUGGCAUUUCCUUUGCGGCAUUGCUCAUAAGUAUCGUCCAGACGCAGCGAAGGAAUUAGAACUCAUUCAACGGAAUGUGGGGGAGGUACGUAACCGCCAAAACAUUACUGAUGAUACUCGGGCUCGUGUGGCGCAUUCGCUACGCAAUGACGUCGAGCCUGAGAAGGCAGCAGAAUACUUUUCUGUAGCCAACUGCAUACGGGGAAUUCAGUGUCUGUGCUCGGAGGUAUUUGGUCUACGUCUGGAGCAGGUGCCGUUUGAGAAGGAGGAAGUGUUUAACCAGGAUGCCAAGAAGUUCUUGGUGUAUGACGAAGACAGGUCCUUCUUGGGCGUUAUUGUUCUGGACAUGUACGUCAAUGAGAUGAAGUACUGCCAGGCCGGACACCUCACCUUGCAGCUGGGAUGCAGACCCCAUCAAGAGGCUCUCGCACGGGUAGGCUUGAAGCUGCCAGAACGACAGUAUCCAGUUGUGGUUUUAACGUGUAACGUGGGCUCCCUCACUCCGGCGCAGCGAUUCUCCAACGGACGCUACGAUGACGAGUCCACCCUCAUGCAUCCAAACGAAGUCACGACAGUCUUUCACGAAUUUGGUCAUGCAAUGCAUACAAUUUUUGGGCAAACAAAAGUACAGAAUUUGGCUGGCACGCGUUCCAGCAUUGAUUUUGUGGAGACCUUUUCGCAACUUUUUGAACAAUUUUUAACCUCUCAUGAGUUUGUGCGGUUGUGGGCACAUCGGAUUAACACACGGGAGCCUAUUUCGUUUGAUAUGGUGAUGAAACGGAACGCGGCGGCCAACAUGUUUAAGUGUUUAGACAUGAUGGAUCAGGUGGUGCUAUCGGCGGUUGACCAGACGCUGCACGGCCCGCAGCCGUACACAGUCUACUUUCCCAACGGUCAAAACGGAAGCCUGGGCAAGCGCACCCUGGGCGACAGUAGUGACUACGGCCGCGGCACAUACAACUUGGCGAAGAUUCUCAUUGACGUAUGUACCCCUCUCUCACUGGUUACACCAACGGAGAGUGGUGUGCUUGGAACCCUGUCGUUUGAACACCUGUCUGGGUAUCCUGCCGGCUACUACGGAUACCUCUACAGUCUUUCCGUUGCUCGACGCAUUUGGUCAAAGAAGUUUGAAAAGGAUCCUCUUAAUCGCGCUGCGGGAAAAGAACUGGUGCAGAGCGUCAUGCGGUAUGGUGCAGCGUGCAAUCCUGUGGAGGUCAUUGAGAAGUAUUUGGGUGACGACCUGGACGAAAUUGACAUCUGGGCAUAA